CUGUACUCGUAUAUCAGAGUGAAGUGCCAGACGUUCCAUAUGGUUGAAAGGGAGUGUAUGCCUGUUUGUUUUUGAAAUCUUAAGCAGCACUGGACAACAAUAAUCGUCAACAAUAAUUGAUAGUCAAGAGUGACGUGUAAGUUCAAACAAUGGAAAAGGCACAAGAUGGCAGCGACGGCAAAAGUUUUGGUUAUGGACCUGAGGUUCUAGACCGCCCUGAUGCACCCAUGCCCGUAGGACGGAAGGAACCAAAUUAUUACAUGCAACACAAAGAACGAGGCCAUGCUCUCAUCCUUGCAUAUGAAAACUUCUCAAGUUUUGGGCCACCAAGACGGGACUGCGCCGAAAAUGACGUCGAGACUGUCACGGCUGCUUUCAAGCAGCUGAAGUUUAAUGUCACAACUCACUGGGACCUAAGGAGGGAUGACCUUCUGAAAGUUCUCAGGCAAGAGAGCCUUAGCGAUCACUCUGACCAUGACUGCCUGGUGGUGGUUCUGAUGUCUCAUGGAGGCGUCUACGACAACAACGAUGAAUUCUUCUGGACUUACGACCACAAGGUCAAGACAUCGGAGUUAUGGAAAAACUUCACUCCGGAAAAAUGCCCGACGCUUGCUGGGAAACCGAAGAUGUUUUUUCUCCAGGCUUGUCGUGGAGACAACGUGGACAAAGGCGUCCGCUUACAGCGACCAAAAGCGAUGCGAGUGCAGACCGACAGCCUACCAGUCGAGAAAGAUUAUGCCAUUCCUUUGCACGCUGACAUUCUCAUUAUGUGGGCAUCAUACAUAGGAGCGUAUGCCUUCAAGUCAGCCAACAACGGCAUCAACGGGAGCGUGUUCCUGCACUACCUCUCCAAAGUCCUGCGCGAGGCCGGCGAACAUGAAGACCUCUCCAGCAUGCUCCUUCGAGUGACCCGGGAAGUUGCAAUCUGUUACGAGUCUUACGUCCCAGGAAACUUCGCACUCGAUAAGAACAAGCAAAUUCCUUACACGGUGUCUACGCUCAUGCGCAAGGUCUUCUUUACUAACAAAUGAAAGAGAGCGUUAGAUAAAGCACGACUUGGGUAAAAAAGUAAUGAAUCAAAUGUACCUUAUACACGAGAGACUGGGGCCUGUUUAAGUUUUGGAGACAGUAUCUGUAACUUCCUGUAUCCACCAUCUAUUAGUUGACCAGGACCAAUCAAACAUGCGUUGUCUUUCGAAGAUGGCACAUGGAUGGCAAAUGAAAAUCUUAGCUAUUUUCAAUGACAUUGUUAAAAAUACGAAAGUUUUAUGUUAUUCCAGUCUGCCUAGGCUGACUAGAUUUCGAAAUGCAGAUUAACCUGGCAAUGGAUUAAAGCUAAAAAAUGAAACACACACACGCGCGCGCGCGCGUGUGUGUGUGUGUGUGUAGAGAGAGAAAGAGAGAGAGAGGGAGGAAG